UUUUAUGGAUUUUCAAAAUGGCUGCCUGCGUUAACCAUGUGAUUUUGUUACAUUGAUACUAUCUGUAUUACUGUGUACAAGAUGGCCAAGAGUAAGAAGAAGAAGCAAGAGGACUUUCAGAAGGUCAAGUUGAAGGUCGGCAAGAGAUUACCCAAAGGUCAAAAUGUUACAAAUACCAGCUUCAAGACCCAUGCCAUUCAAGUAGUACAGCAGCUCAAGACUGAUGGGUCACAGCCCAGCACACACAGGAAGCUCAAUAUUGAGGAUCUGUUGCCGAAGUGUCAACACUACAGCAUCGGCGUCCGCCAUGAUGGGGUGACGGGUCUACGAGAGCUGAUGACGCUCCAUCCACACAUGAUCACAUCACAACUCGCAACCAUCAUAGAAAAAGCCUUGCCUCUUAUCAUGGACAAAGAUUCAAAUGUUCGUCAAGCGUGUUUAAAGUUGUUCAAACUUAUAUUUACUAGCACUCCAGCACAGCAGAUUGAGCCAUUCUUCCCCGUACUCUCCGCACAUUUGUGUUGCGCAAUGACCCAUAUUUACGAUGACAUCCAACAUGACUCUCUGGAAGUAUUUGACUUGUUACUAGACACGUACCCACUUCUUAUCGCCAACAACUCAGGGCAGCUGCUUCAGAAUUUUAUUGAACAGAUUUCCCGCCAACAAAAUGUCACAAAAGGUCAAAAGUCGAAUUUAUCGCUAGCUGUGAAACUUGACAGUAAAUAUUCUGUGCAGCGAUGGCGGUCCGGGAUAUUGAGUCGUAUAUAUAAGUUGUUGCUGACGUUGCUGAUGUGGAGGUUCACGGAGACAUCUACGUCAGGUCUCGGGGACAAGGGACGUGAAUAUGCAGCAUUGUCCUGUAUCCCUCUGCAGUUUCCAUCGAGUGUAGCAGAUUCUUGGGAGCAACCAGGAUUUAAAUUAAAGUCAGUUACUGCCACAAGUGUGACAUCGUCUAAGGGAGAUAACUUCGCUGACUUUGCCACGGCUCUGAUUCCACUGCUUGUACAGUGCUGGGUGGAAUGUCGAUCUGCUCAUGGACAACAGAAGAUCAAAGACAACCUAGUGGCCCCUGGGUCUGUGACCGUGAUGCACCACGUGAUGCAAGUCCUCCAUCUUCUUUGGAGAUGUCUGGACAGGGCUGCCGACGACAACACCUUGGUGAAGGAAGUCUUUGGGAGUCAUGAGAAGGAGUUUAUGAAUCACUUCAUGACCUACUUCCCCUACAGCAUACAGGACAACGUCGGCCACCGCAACACUGCCGCCAACAGGAAGAACAAGAAGGAGGUCAUCCAGGUGACUGCAGAAGCCUUGAACCUGUCUGUGUGUGAGGUCAUGGCGACCUUGGUGGAGACAACCCAGGACAAGACGCUAUCUGCCAGUAUUGGGGACUAUCUGUGUGCCUGUCUGACCAUGGAGCAUCUUGGACCUGACCUCAGCAAGACCCUUGUUGCCGUCUUGCAGCAAUUUCUCACAGUCUGCAGCGACACAGAUCUUGUUGAGAGCAUUGUGGAGAAUGGUCUGGCUCGGUACAGCAAGGCCCAUCCACUGUCGACCGAGAAGCGUCUGUACUUGGAGCUCUUCACCAGCCUCUUUCUGGAUUCAAAGAUACAACUUCCAAACAUGAGAGUGCUCAUGGACCAGUUCUUCCAGACACUGCCAGAGUUACUUCCCCAUGUCUACUCUGAUAGUCCCCAGAUGGCAGCACUCGUUGUUCGGGUGAUGAGACAAGCUGCUUGUCAGAGGUGUCGCCCUCUGCUGGACAAUCUGGAGACCAGCUUCGUGUCUAUACUUGAUGUGACGGAUGGUUUGUUCAUCCAGACCGAGGCUGCCUUACAGCGAGGUUUACUGGACACGCUGUACUGGGUACCUCGCUUCACAACACAGCUCCUCACACAAUUGGUCAACGUGUGUCACCAUGGCAACGUGUCAACAGCAGUGUCUCUCUAUCUUCUUGAUAUCGUUCACACCAGAUUUCAGAGGGAAAUUGCUACCGAGAAGCACAUGGAAAGUGAUGUAACCAUGACUACCAAUUAUCUGUCAUUCCUGUUAUCUAUCAUUGCUGACAGAAACAGAUUGAGUUUUGAGCAAGAAAAACAAGAUGGCUGCCAUGUGACGUCUGCUCCAGAAAUAGACUGGAAUGUGUCCUCUGAGCGAUGGGAGAAACACACAGUUAUGGUUGAUAGAGUUCUUCAUCAUCUUCAGCAAGUGCCUGAUGUGUCUGGGCUUGGGGACGUCCUCCUGUCCCGCUGGUGCCCUCUCCUGACAGUGCCUCACAAGGUGUGUGUCACCACAAUACUCAGUUGUCUCAAGUGCCUCAGUGUCUUCCAAGCUGCUGUUAACCAGUCACACCAAUCACUGACAGAUGCAGUUGUCAAGAUUUGUAUCUCUUUGACCAUGGAGAUGGUAACCAUGGUUCCACCUGAAGACAAUAUCAACCAGAUAAACAAAGAUCUGUGGGAGUGUGUCAGUCAGUGUCUGGUGACUGUGCCCAGCAUCAUCAACAAGUAUUUCAUCUCUGUCAAUGGUCUUCUACAAACCUGCAGUGAGGAGACAGUAGUGACAGCGAUAAGGUCCAUGGUGCAUGUCCUACAGGAUCAGUCGGCUGCUGCCCUCCCACGGUCAGUCGACCACCACCUGGAGGCGAUACAGCGCAAGGUCAAGAAAUGUUUUCCUGAUGUUGUCAACAGUCAGUGCUGGAAGGAUCUCAUGUACUGCUGUUCUAUUCUGACCAAUCAGAGAUCAGUUGCAAUGUCAUGUGAUGAAUAAAUCUGUCUUGUACAUGCA